GACGUGGUGAGGGGUGAAGUGCGUCACUCCCGGUGUGUUAGUAUUCGAACGAUCCUUCACCAGUGCCGCCCUAUACACAAAAUGCCGAUCUUAGGAGGAUGUUUAUGCUUUGAUCUGCCAACCGGCAGCAAGAUCAUCGGCGUCAUCUAUCUGGUGAGCGCCCUCCUCAACAGCCUGAUGCUGACGGUGGUAACGCUGAUGCUGUGGGUGAUAGACCUGCUGCCGCAGGUUCUGGCCAUGCUUGAGACUGCGCUCCUUGAGGGCGCUCAUCAGGUCCAAGACGGCUCACACGACGCUCACGACCACGGUGCUCACGAUCACGGUGCUCAUGAGCACGGCUCCGACGACUAUGAGGACUCGGCCGAGUUCAGGAACGGCACCGACGCGUCCGUGGAGAACAUCAAGGAGGCCUUGGAGGUCCUUAAGUCAAGUGUCAUGGCUGUGAAGGUGGCGGUGCUGGUGCUGCUGGUGCUUGCCAUCCUGAGCGUGAUCACCUCGUCGAUGCUCAUCCACGGCGUCAGGAAG